CACGACCCGCGUGGCGGCUCUGAAUUUCCUACGCAGGCCACGGCAGCGGCACCCUUGGUGGACCCCACUGUUCUGUCCGCCAUUUGUGCGGCUGUUGUGUCGGCAGUGGCGCCCUUGUUAUCCCCCGUACCCGGGGGACUUGGGCGGUCCCCCACUUCUUUGGCGGAUAGCAUUGCGCAGGCUCUUGCCCCGCUUCUGUCCUCUGGCGCGACCGUUCCCCCGCCUGCCCCGCUCCCGGCUGCGGCAAACUCGGUGGAGGAGCGGGAAAACCAUGUCUCUUUUGUCCCCCCAGCCGCGGACGUCAGGAGAGAAAUGGAGUCUGUCGGCGCUUCCGCGAGUCGACCAGUGGCCGUCGAGACGGACGGUGUUCCCUCUCGUGCAGGUCAUCCACCCGGAUUGGAGGAGUUAGCACACAGAUCGUUGGCCCCUGCUACGUUUGCGGCCUAUCGUACCGCCUGGGAACGGUGGAGUCGCUUCCUCCUGGAGCGAGGCCAGAGUGGUAAGACCUCUCACACUUUACUCUUAGAAUAUAUCUGGAUGCUGUACUCCGACGGGAUUUCGCGGGCGUCUGUUAACAGGAUUCUGGCGGGUAUAUCAUACUUUCUGCAGCUGCGGGGGGAAGCGGAUUUUACGAAGUCCUUUUUCCUCCGGCGGGUGUUGAAAGGUUGGGCACGGGCGUCCCCGCCCCUCCCAGAUACUCGUCUGCCGAUCACUGGGGCUUUGCUGCGGCGGAUUUUGGGAUCCCUCCGGAGUAUUUGCUCCUCGGGAUACGAAGUUCGCCUCUUCAUGGCGGCCUUUACGAUGGCCUUCCACGGCGCGUUCAGGGUGGGCGAGCUGGUGGCCGUCUCUCGGACUUCUGCCUCGCCCAUGCUGGCGGCCCACGUCGUCAUACGUCCCGACGGUUUGUGGUGCAGGAUUCAGCGCUCCAAGACUGACGUAGCCGGCAGGGGGCAGUGGGUUCGAAUGGGCCGGGCCAGUUCGCGGGGCAUUUGUCCGGUUUCCGCGGCCCUGGCUUAUUCGUCCCUUCGGCCUCCAACGCCCACUGGGUGGCUCGUCCAUAGCGAUGGGUCCCCGUUGACCAGAUAUCAAUUCCGGUCGGUUUUGGGGCGUUGUAUCUUGUACCUGGGUCUAUCUCCGGCCGACUAUGGGACUCACUCUUUCCGCAUCGGCGCGGCUUCAGCAGCUGCUGCGGCGGGUUGGUCCGAAGUCGAAGUCCGGGCACUGGGUAGGUGGAGGUCUGGUGCAGUCAGACGCUAUAUCAGGCCUUUUCCUCCCAGUGCACCCAUUUGAGGACUAGCCGCUCGUCGCAACUGCAUUUUGCGGUUGUGGGGGCCUUGAGGAAUUUUUGUUUUAUCGUUGGUUUUACUACGGCUUUUGCCGGCUAACGAAGUUUCGUUUUUGCCUCAAGUCAAAUUGGGUGGCCCAACCCCCCCCCACCCCUUUCCACUCCCCGUUAGGGACGUAGAUAGGUUCCCCAUUUAGCAAUGCCGUAUUUUAUGUAAUUUCUGACCUUCAUUACACCCUUCUUUUACAGGACGGCGGUUAGAUCCGCGCUUUAUAUGGUUCGUGGGCCAUUCGUACAUCUAUUGGCUGUCCGUGUCGGCUCUGGCCUACGACACAACCCGUUUUCCUGAACUGCGGGCCGUGCGCUGGUUGGGGCGUAGAGGCCUCCGCUGGGACGGCCUGCGGGACUGGCUUAGGGCGGCAGUUGGCCGUUUUGGGUAUCCGCUGUUCUUGGUGGUACAUCUCGGGGGCAAUGAUUUGGUACACCGCACGGGCCUUGACAUUCGCCUCGUGAUCCGGCGCCAGCUGCUGGCACUUAUGGCUGAGUGGCCGUUUUGCCUGAUCCUCUGGUCGGACAUGGUCCCCCGGCGAUCUUG